UCGAGGCAGGAACAUUGCCCACAGUGUGUCCACAGUUUGACAUGCACAUCCGGACGACGGUUUGACGGACCAAGAAGAAAUCCGGUUAUUCCCCGAGGAAGAUGCAGCAGCUUCCUCCGCUGGUCGCGGAUUUAUGCUGAGCUGCAGCUGCCUUCCCGCAAAGGAGAGGAGGUUCUUCUCAUCUGUGCUGCUGCCAUUGUUGUUGUACAGUUCUUUUUUUUCCGCCGUGGAAUUUGUCGAAGCGGAAAAGCGGCGAGAAGCAGCAGCAGCGCCCGCGAAGCCCUCAAAGUGUCCGACGAAAAUCGUUAAAAAAUAGCAGAGCAGAAAAAAACACAACACUCAAUCGGCGACUAUGUCACGACACGCUUGAAGACCGAUAUAGACAGGGAAAGAUUUGGGAUUUGGAGGAGAGAUCCAACCAGAGCAGAGCCAGCUCCAGCAGCUUCUUUUUUAUCUAUUUUCACCUACACUUAAGCUCAGGAUUCGCAUGGACAAAGGCACAAUGAAGCGCAAGCAGAGGAGAUACAGAACCACAUUCAACACCCUGCAGCUGCAGGAGCUGGAGCGGGCCUUUCAGCGCACCCACUAUCCGGAUGUCUUUUUCCGGGAGGAGCUGGCCGUCCGCAUCGACCUGACAGAGGCCCGGGUCCAAGUGUGGUUCCAGAACCGGCGAGCCAAGUGGCGAAAGCAGGAGAAGAUCGGCGGCAUGGGUGGCGGAGAGUACAAGGAGGGAGCCUUGGAGCUGGAUGUGACGACGGCGGCGGCGGCGGCCUACGAUGACAGUGCCACUGCUGUUCUCGGGCAGCUAGACAGUGCUCUGGGUGGCAGUGGAAACCUUCUACCGGACACUCCACCGCAAUCCUCCAACUCCCUGGACAACGAACUCAAGGCUCCCUACGGCACGGGUGGUAUGUCGCCGUCGCGACUAUCGCCCAAUAUCUUCUUGAAUCUCAACAUUGACCAUCUCGGACUGGAGAGAGGUGGCAAUGGCCUGUCCAUGGAAUGGUCCACAUAUCCACCUCAGAGCCAGGGCCAGACACAACCGCAAAUGGAGGCGGAAAGUCAACAGCUCCAACAGCAGCACCAGCAGCAGCAGCACCCGCCACAGCAGCUUCAUCAGCAGACUCCUCACCAGCAGCAACAGCAGCAGCAGCAGCAGCAUCAGCAGGCUCUGGAGUUCGCCACCGCCUUGGACCUCGACAUGACCGAUGGCUCUUCCGCCUACGAUGAGAUGAAGUUUCUCAGCGUGGACCAGUUCACGAUCGAUAGCUUCAAGGCGGACUGCAUACUCAGCAUGCAGGAGCAGUCCCAGCUGCAGCCCUAUGUGGGUCACUCCUCCCACUCGCUGGGGGUCAGUGCUUCCAACUCUGAGCUCUGCCUGGAAGGGAUCGGUAUUGGCAUCGGCAUGUCUGCCUUUGGCAUGGAGGAGGGCGAGCCGAAGACGCCGCCCUCUCUUUUGGUGCUGGACAAAACGCUGCCCUCGUUGAGCAUUGGUGUGGAGGGUAUCGCCGAUCUGGUGGAGCAACUGCAUCAUCAUCAUCAUAGUCAUCACCAGGAGGGUGGAGUCAUCACCAGCGAUGUUUUGUGAGUCACACUUAGGCGAAUUACUUAAAUAGUUAAUCUUUGACUUAAAUAUCUCUAGUUUUAAUGGAUGGUUUUGCUGCUCUAGAUCCUAGGGAAGUUUUGUUUUAGUUAUAUUCUUGUUUUCUAGUCAAUGUUGAUAAGUCUAGGCUUAAGUUCCAAACGAAACAAGGUCAUCACAUCAACAAAAUUAUUUAAACAAAUUGGAAAUAGAGAUACCAUAACUAAAUCCACACAUUAUCCGGUAGAUAAACCGGAAAUAAAAAUUUCCCUAAAAUAGGCUUUUGAUUAAAAGUUUUUAAUUUAAAUAUUAAAAAAUAGGUACAAACACAAAUUCUACACAUAUACGUGCAGAAAACCUGUUUACUGAGGCUCAUAAUUAGGAUAUACAUAUAUGUAUAUUUGUUUUUUGGUUUUGAUUUAAAAAUUAUAAAAUCGGUACAAAAACCUAAUUUCCUCGAUUAGGAAAGCAUGAUCCUCGGCCUUAAAAAAUGAAAUUUAAAUCUCUUAAUUUAAAUUUAAAAUUUUUGAUCAUCAGAGUUAAGGUUCGUUGCUCGGCUCCGAGCUUAUAACUCAUUUUCAAUCCAUUUUUUAAAUAAAUUUAAACUUUACAUAAAAAAGAGUGUAAUUAUUUAAAUGAAUUGUAAAUUUUAACCUUGUAACUUUUGAAGCAUAUA